CUCUGAACCAUCUUCUUGGGUUUAUCCGUACAUAUUGCUGACAAGCAGUGCCGAGAGUGGACUGCCAUUCACCUUCCUGACACAUCGACGUGCAUACGCGAACGAACCAACAACCAACAGACGGACAAACCAACAGCCCGUCACAGCGGUUCGCAUUAAUUAACUGCCAUUGCAUUACGGCGUAGCUACGGAUACGGUACGGCACUGCACUGCAUCGCAUCGCAUUGCAUCACCAUACGAAAAUGGCAUCCGAAUUACGACGACCAAGGAUCCAGUACUCCAGACUAAGCACUUCCAAAGACGAGGUCCGUUUCUUGGAGAUUGAACCUGCAAACACAGUCAAUGACCAAGUCGUCUGUCGCCUCGUUACUCUCCCUUUAAGCCGAGACGUCGAAUUCAUCGCCAUCUCCUCAUUACUCGGCGACCCCGCAGACCAAGACAGAAUCAUUCUCGACCGAAAUCCCAUUCCCGUCCCCGUCCACAUCGCCCUCGCCCUCAAACAUGUCCGAGCCGUCUUCUACCCCGCCGUGAGCAAAUCGAGCGAGAGUCUGGGCAGGGAGAAAAGGUCACCAAAUUGGCUGAGGAGCCUUCUCAGGCAUUUCGGCGGGAGAGAGGUGGACAACAGGCCGAAGCUGCGGGUAUGGAUCGACUGCAUCUGCAUCAACUCAAUGGACUCGAGGGAGAAUUCCAAGAGCAGAGUCAUCAUGUACCACGUGUACCAGCGCGCGCAGAUGGUAGUGGGCUGGGUGGGACUCAAGAUACCGCAGACAGAUCUGGGCAUCCAGCUCAUCCAAGCAUUUGACAAUGCUAUGCCCGAGACGUGGCAAGAACCCGGCGACAAAGAGGAACAUCCUGAGAACUACUCGCCCCAUCACGAGUGGGCAAUUCCCAUUAUCCACUUAUUCGACCCUCAAAGCGACGCUGCCAUUGGAACUGCGGACUUUCUCAACAGGAACUUCUUCCACCGGCGCUGGAUCCUCGAAGAGAUGGCCAUGGCCAGGGUACCGACCUUUUUAAUUGGUGAUGCGAUUGUUUCGUGGAAACAAUUGCUACGACUGAAUCUUGCGAUGGAGGAGUUCAAGGAUCACGAGUCAAACGUCUGCCCCGCAUCUACAAGGCCCAUGAUACACGAGUUUCCAUUGGGCACGAUCCACGCGUUGUUGGAUGAGUUUGAGAAGAGGAAGAAGAUGGCAAAGAUGGAGUCACUCAACAGCACCUCUGUCACAGGAAGUGUCACCAGCGCAGACUCGAUAAGCCACCAGGAUUCGAACACGAGGUCGAUACCAUGAACAAAGGGUUACGGAGUAGAAGGGAUAUCCAUGUUUUAGCAGCUUUGAUACCGCUUGAUUUCUAGCUCUUACGAGCUUAGUUCACGUUUCUUAUGUUUCAAUAAAUAUACCAAUUCGUUUCUAGAA